AUGCUGGGGUACUACCCCCUCCGAGUGCUCCUUCAUUUUCCCCCAUACCAUACCUUGUCUCCAUCUCUGUACUCUUUCGCUCUUCUUGCCUUUCCUCGUCCCUCCUCUCCAGAGGGGGCCAAGAACGCACGAUGCUGGGGUACUACCCUCGGGUUCUGCCCUCAUCACUUAUCUUGUCUUCGUUUCUUUCCUUCACAACAUGCUUGCCUCUCCUCUCCCUCCUCUCCAGAGGGGGCCAAGAACGCGUUGAGCAUAGCAGGCACGAUGCUGGGGUACUAUCCUCUACGUGUGCUCCCUUCCAAGACGGCCAUUCUGCCUGUCAACCCCACCUACCUCCCCAAGAGCCAGGAGGAGAGGGAGAUGUGUGCUCGCACUGUUUAUUGCACCAACAUUGAUAAGAAGGUUACCCAGGCAGACGUGAAGCUCUUCUUUGAGUCACUCUGCGGAGAGAUCUCUCGCCUUCGUCUGUUGGGCGAUUAUCACCACUCUACUCGCAUUGCCUUUGUUGAAUUCGUGAUGGCUGAGAGUGCAAUGGCGGCUCUUAACUGCAGUGGGGCCAUUCUGGGCUCGCUCCCCAUCAGGUCUGUUCCACACCUCUCCGCACCACUCUGCACCAAUCUGCACCACUCUGCACUGCUCCACAGUACCGCACCCUCAGACUGA